GUACAGUUUAUCUACGCUGCCAUGACACACGGUUUGACGUCUCCCGGGAUGAUAACCAUAACGUCAGCUUGAGCCUGAGAGUUGUCAGGUUUUUGGCCUCACACCCUGAAAGUGGAGUUGCAGGGAUCAGCGAUGGAUCUUCAUCAAUAAGUUUUGCUUUCUCCUCAGUGAUCAUAAACUUGAUUCACUGUAUAGUUCUGAACCAUGUUUCAUUGCCAUGGGAUGACUGGAUAGUGAAACUAGAUCUAACAGCAUCUACAGUUGCCACUUUUGCUGUCUUCCCAUCAGAUCAGUCACACAGCUAUGGGCUUCUGUUUGCCUGUGUGCAAGGUUUUUAGGAGGGGGAAAUAUUUGUUUCUUUUCCUCAUCUCGCUCUCCGUGCUGGCAUGGAUUGCAAAUCUGUCCGGUGAAACCAUGAAAGAAGCUCCGGUUUCAUUUGCCACGCCACAAGCUCUUGUCAAAGGAGAGAGUCUGAGGGAGAAACUGAACGCUUUGACAGCAACCCCCGAUCGCUUGAUUACUCCAGCAGCAAAAGAACAAUGCCCUGAGGAGUCACCGCUGCUACGUAAAGGAGCUGUGAAGCUGUCCUUUGAAUCCUCUCUGAAACUAAAGGAUGUGGAGAGCGACAACAAAGCAGUUAUUGAAGGCGAGUUCGAGCCCUCAGACUGUACAGCCAGGCAGAGCGUAGCGAUCCUCAUCCCUCAUCGCGGCAGAGAGAAACACCUCCUCUACCUGCUGCACCACCUGCACCCCUUUCUACAGAGGCAGCAGCUACACUACGCCAUUUAUAUCAUCCAGCAGGCUGGAGAUGCAACUUUUAAUCGUGCCAAGUUACUCAAUGUCGGGUAUUUGGAGGCGCUGAAGGACUACAGUUGGGACUGCUUCAUCUUCCAUGACGUGGACCUGGUCCCUGAAAACGAUCACAAUUUAUACUUCUGUGACAAGCAGCCCAAACACUUGGUGGUGGGCCGGAACGCCACAGGAUACAAGCUGCGUUACAAAGGCUACUUCGGAGGAGUCACAGCGAUGAACAGAGACCAGUUUUUCCAAGUGAAUGGAUUCUCAAACAAUUACUGGGGCUGGGGCGGAGAAGAUGAUGACCUUCGCGUCAGGGUGGAGCUGCAGAAAAUGAAGAUUGUGCGUCCGCCCGCUGAUAUAGCUCGCUACACCAUGGUGUUUCACAAACGGGACAGCGGCAACCAAAUAAACAAAGACAGAAUGAGAUUGUUAGGACGCACGCCGCUGGUCUGGAGAAAGGACGGACUCAACAGCUGCUCAUAUAAGACAAUGUCGUUGGAGAGGCUCCCUCUUUAUGUGAAUGUUACUGUGGACAUUGGUAAGCCGCUGAGCUGAGAUUUCAAACAGUAAGCCCUGCUGUGACCAAAAAUAUAUUCAAUUAUAUAUUUUAUGCAGUACGUUUAGGCUGCUCAGUGCAGAAAGGCUACUAUGUGUGUGCAAAACUCACAAAAUACACAUUGUUUGGAUUAGUUUACAUCAUAAAAUGAAGUUUAGCUAGGGGUUUUUUGCACAUUUUUGUAUUUCAUCUUUAAAAUAUUGUUACCUGCAUGCUAAAAAACAAUAGGCAGCGGCCAAGUCAUCGCUGCCCUCUAGCUGCCAAACCGCCAUUAAUAUUUUUUGUAACUGAAACACAUUUACUGUGUAUUUGAUGUGCUUCCUUCUGUUUCUGUAUUGCCUUUUUCUGAAGCCCCUACAGAGACAGGAGUGUCAAUAAUUUUGCCAAAUUACACCAUGUCUCAGGACUAUGGGAGGCACAGACUGAUUCACCUUUAAGCUCUAUUUGGCUGCUUUUUUUUUACACGCUGAUGAACGAAAAUAACCUCUAAGUUAGGUCUUUGUUUUUGUAAAUGCAUUUUCGGGGUCCAACCGAUGGGACAAUUUGAUAAUAUUAAUAAAAGCCUAGAAAUCCUUAAAGAUUGCUAAAUAUCUGAGGUUUUCCUGAUCUAAUGUUUGCUGUUAAUAUGACGGCUCUGUAUCAUACCAGUGAGAAAUAAAUGACUUAGGGUAUAUAAGGAAAACUCAUCUCUUUCAUCACCUUUUGGGCUGCAAAGGGAAAACUCCAGUACCACUAAAUAGGAAUAAAAACAGUCAGAGGGUUGAUAAAAACAAGUCAUAUUCAAUUAAAAUAUAUUAUUUGGGAAAUGACUAAUGCAUAUUGAUCAAGCUUAUAAUUAGUCAAUUGAAUUAUGAAGGCUGCCUAGAAUAAAAUGACAUUCCUCUUAAUAUUUUCGGCCGUACAAUAAUGAAAGGCUUGGGAUGCUUCGUGCCAACUGGGUUCAUUUCCAGGACCUAAUAACUCCAACCUCUCUUUUGAUGAUCAAAAAUGUUCUAUUGAAAAGCAUUUUAUUGAGCCCUAACAUUCAGAUGGGAUUCAUUUUACUGCACAUUCUUAAAAGAUAUGUAUUCAGUAAGGCCUUACAUGCUUGACUUGUAUGCAGAAAUGAAAUGGUGGUUGAUUCUUAUUUAUGGCCUUUACAUAUUAAAAGGAUAAGUCUUUUUAUCAAUACUUGUUAUGUGAAAAAACCUAGAAAACUGCAUACUUUUCAUCUCAUAUCAAAUACUUCAAAUGAUUUUGUUGAAUGAUAUUCUGACGGUAGUGUAGCUGCUUUUAUGAACCUACUAUAACAUGUGUGCUCUUUAUUUGUCCGACCAGCAAAACCUACGUCCUUUAAGACAGCAAUAUGACUAUAGGGACAAGUGGUUAGUGUACUGGAGACACUCCUAUUUACAGUGGUAUGCAAAAGUUUGGGCACCCCUCUGAGAUUUCAUGACAAUUUGCUUUUCCUUUAUAAUAGAAGAUCACAGCAACAACAUUUGUUUUCCUACAAAGAUGUAGACGUUUUAGUGUUUUCCAGACCAAAAUUCUUAGGGUAGCAUUACAUAGUUUUAUUAUAAUAAAAUAAAAUGCAAAAAAUGGGAUGUGCAAAAGUUUGGGCACCCUUAUAAAUAGCAUUCAUUUCAACACCUGUACGGAUUUAUAGCUGACAGGUUGCUGCACAAAAUUGCUUUGAUUAGCUCAUUAGACCUUCAAUUACAAAGACAGGUGGAACCAAUCAUGAAAAAGGCUAUUUAACAUAGGUAAUAGCUGGCUGUGCCUGGCCUAGGUUCUUUCUUAGGGAGUGGCAAGAUGGGGACCUCAAAACAACUCUCCACUGACCUGAAAGCUAAGAUAAUCCAACAUUAUAAAUUAGGAGAAGGGUACAAAAAAUUAUCUGACAGGUUUAAACUGUCUGUCUCCACAGUCAGAAACGUAGUUGUGAAAUGGAAGGCCACAGGAACAGUCCGUGUGAAGGAAAGAUGUGGUAGGCCGACAAAAAUAGGGGAAAGGCACAGGCGAAGGAUGGUGAAAAUGGUCACAGAGAAGCCACAGACCACCUCCAGAGAACUACAACAACAUCUGGCUGCUGAUGGUGUAGUUGUUCACCGUUCCACAAUCCAGCUUACUUUGCACCAGGAAGAGCUCAUUGGAAGGGUGAUGUGCAAAAAGCCUUUCCUGAGUGUUAAUCACAAGAAGAGUCGCAUGAGGUAUGCAAAAGCACAUCUGGACAAGCCAGAAGCAUUUUGGAACAAAAUACUGUGGUCAGAUGAGACCAAGAUUGAGUUAUUUGGUCAUAACAUGAACAGGUAUGCAUGGCGAAAAAAACACACUGCAUUCAAUGAAAAGAACUUGUUGCCCACUGUAAAAUUUGGUGGAGGAUCUAUCAUGUUAUGGGGCUGUGUGGCUAGCACAGGUACUGGAAAACUUGUUAAAGUUGAGGGCCACAUGAAUUCCUUACAGUACCAGGAGAUUCUUGACAAGAAUGUUCUAGAGUCAGUCACAAAGUUGAAGCUACGCCGGGGUUGGAUUUUUCAGCAGGACAAUGAUCCUAAGCACCGAUCAAAAUCCACCAAGGAAUUCAUGCAGAAGCACAGGUACAAUGUUCUGGAAUGGCCAUCCCAGUCCCCAGACCUUAACAUCAUUGAAAAUGUAUGGAUUUAUUUGAAGAAGGCUGUCCAUGCACGGAGGCCAAGAAACCUGACUGAACUGGAGACGUUUUGUGUGGAAGAAUGGGCCAAAAUACCACCUGCCAGGCUUAAGGGACUUGUCUGUGGCUACAGGAGGCGUCUACAGGCCGUUAUUGCAGCAAAAGGAGGCAAUACUAAAUAUUAAUGGAAUUAUUUCUUAGGGGUGCCCAAAUUUAUGCACAUACCUAUUUUUGUUUGAAUGCACAUAAACAUGUUUCUGUUUGACCAAUAAAAGUUAUUUCACUACUGAGAUGUUUCUGUUACCAUAAGGUAUAACAUAUGUUAAAAUGAAGUUGCUGCUUCAAAAGCUCAGCAAGUGACAAACUGAUGCAGUGGUUUUCCUAAGGGGUGCCCAAACUUUUGCAUACCACUGUAUCUUUCCGAACCGUUCACUUUAAAUCUUAAUUUCACAUUCCUGGUAAACUGAACAUCUUUUCGUGAGUCGACGUUAAGUGGAAGCCAUCUUGAGUGCUUACUAGAUGACGGUCUGUGACUCGUCGCGUUUCAAACAUGAAUGAAUGUUUGACGUUUCUUUUUUUGAAUGAAGGUUAAAACCUCUACAUGGAAAACUAUUGUUAAACUCAAUAGGAUUUUGUAAAGUGAUUACAAACAUUGUGGUUGGUAUUGUAGCAUCAAACCUUUUACUAACUUUAUUUACAUUUUUAUAUGAAAAGGGAUGUCAUAUUAACUCUUGAAGAAUGUCUUUUGGUUUUGGUUGUAUGUUGGUUUGGGAUGUCUGUGUUGUUGGGAGAGAGAAAGGGAUUAUGCAUUCCACUUUUAAUAGGAGUAUCUUCUUUUCUCUUUAAUAAAUAGUAUUUUUCUUAUGAA